AUGGCACCUCAACCAAUUCCAGAAGAUUACCAACCAGUUGUUGAAUCCCGUGGUACUGUAAAUAGUCCAAUCUUUUCUACUCCAAUAAAUCAAUUAAAUCCAUAUGGACCAAAUCCAGCAGAUUUUUUAUCCAAUGUGAAUCAAUUUCAAUUAAUUGAUUCUACUUUAAGAGAAGGUGAACAAUUUGCUAAUGCAUUUUUCAGUACUGAAAAGAAAAUUGAAAUUGCCAAGGCCCUUGAUGAGUUUGGUGUGGAUUAUAUUGAAUUAACAUCACCAGUUGCCAGUGAACAAAGUAAGAAAGAUUGUGAGGCCAUUUGUAAAUUAGGUUUGAAAGCCAAGAUAUUAACACAUAUUAGAUGUCAUAUGGACGACGCUCGUAUUGCAGUGGAAACUGGUGUCGAUGGUGUUGAUGUUGUUAUUGGUACUUCCAAAUUUUUAAGGGAAUUUUCUCAUGGUAAGGAUAUGAAUUAUAUUGCCAAUAGUGCCGUAGAGGUGAUUAAUUUUGUUAAAUCCAAAGGUAUUGAAAUCAGAUUUUCUAGUGAAGAUUCGUUCAGAAGUGAUUUAGUGGAUUUAUUGAACAUUUAUAAGACUGUCGAUAAGAUUGGUGUGAAUAGAAUUGGUAUUGCCGAUACUGUUGGUUGUGCUAAUCCAAGGCAAGUUUAUGAAUUAGUACGUACUUUGAAGAGUGUUGUUUCAUGUGACAUUGAAUGUCAUUUCCAUAACGAUACCGGUUGUUCUAUUGCUAAUGCCUAUUGUGCUUUGGAAGGUGGUGCUAAAUUAAUCGAUGUUAGUGUAUUGGGUAUUGGUGAGAGAAAUGGUAUUACCCCAUUAGGUGGUUUGAUGGCACGUAUGAUUGUAGCCGCACCAGAAUAUGUUAAGGACAAAUAUAAUUUGAAGAUGUUAAGAGACAUUGAGAAUCUUGUUGCCGAUGCUGUUGAAGUUAAUAUCCCAUUCAAUAAUCCAAUUACUGGGUUCUGUGCAUUCACACAUAAGGCAGGUAUUCAUGCCAAGGCUAUAUUGGCUAAUCCAUCUACAUAUGAAAUUUUGAAUCCAAAUGAUUUCGGUAUGACAAGAUAUAUACAUUUUGCUCAUAGAUUGACCGGUUGGAAUGCUAUCAAGAGUCGUGUAGAACAAUUGAAUUUGAAUUUGACUGAUGAACAAAUUAAAGAAGUUACAUCCAAGGUCAAAUCGAUGGCUGAUAUUAGAUCAUUGAAUAUCGAUGAUGUCGAUUCCAUUAUCAAGAAAUACCAUUCUGAAAUUAAGGCUUGA